AGAAGUAACUAAGGAGUGUUGUAUAAAGCAAGAAAAAUAAAUGAAAAGUGGAAAUUAGCUCUAAAACCCUAACCCCUGAAAGAAGGCUGAGCUGAUUAGCGAGAAAAAUGGCGUCUCUCACCUUAUUCGGAAGCUGCCCAACGGAUCUUCACAGAAGCUCUCAUGCCAAGUCCUUGGUUCGAUGUAACAACUCUUCGGAGUCAAUCAAGUGCAAGGACAACGGGAAACCCAUAACUGCUGGCCGUGAUUAUAACAGACACGCGGCGGCAUCUUUCCCAACCGUCCUGACGGCCCCCACCCAUUACUUAGAUGGAACGCCAGUUCCGAAAAGUGAUACGCGGCUUCGCAUUUUCUCCGGCACUGCCAAUCCUUCUCUAUCUCAGGAAAUUGCUUGCUAUAUGGGUCUGGAGCUUGGAAAGAUUAAGAUCAAACGUUUUGCUGAUGGAGAAAUUUAUGUUCAGUUACAAGAGAGUGUUCGAGGAUGUGAUGUGUAUCUUGUGCAACCUACAUGUCCUCCAGCAAAUGAGAAUCUUAUGGAGCUUUUGAUAAUGAUUGACGCUUGCCGUCGGGCAUCAGCCAAAAAUAUCACUGCUGUUAUUCCUUAUUUUGGAUAUGCCCGGGCUGAUCGAAAGACUCAAGGGCGUGAAUCGAUUGCGGCCAAACUCGUGGCGAAUUUGAUUACUGAAGCCGGAGCUGACAGGGUUCUAGCGUGUGACCUCCAUUCUGGACAAUCCAUGGGAUAUUUUGACAUUCCGGUGGACCAUGUGCAUGGCCAGCCCGUCAUACUUGAUUAUCUAGCCAGCAAGACAAUCAGAACAGAUGAUUUGGUCGUGGUCUCACCUGAUGUUGGUGGGGUUGCUAGAGCAAGAGCUUUUGCCAAAAAGUUAUCUGAUGCUCCUCUGGCCAUUGUGGAUAAAAGGCGUCAAGGACACAAUGUUGCUGAGGUGAUGAAUUUGAUUGGUGAUGUUCGGGGAAAAGUGGCCGUGAUGGUGGAUGACAUGAUUGAUACUGCAGGAACCAUUGCAAAAGGAGCUGCUCUAUUACAUCAAGAAGGAGCUAGGGAGGUUUAUGCUUGCAGCACUCAUGCUGUUUUUAGGGUGGAUUUGAACCAUAUUCAAGCUUGGGUAUUGACUGAAGGAUUUUCCAAAGUUCUUAACACCUAAAUUUGUGACUGCAGUUGGUCAUAUGGACUGAACUUUCCAUGAACACCAAGUAUACUCCUUGUACAAAACUGUAACAAGAUAAUGUAUGCCACAAACUGCAGCCUGUGAGUUGAUCUCUUGUAAGAUUGUGAGGAUGCAAGCAUUUGAAAUUUACUUUCUAUCACAAUUAAAUUCCUUCUAUCCACAUGCAGUUAAUAAUGAACUGGUAAUCGAUCAUGUGCACAUGCACAAAUGUAAAUAAAUUGUUAUAAAGUUAUUUAUGUAUAUAAUACUUAAAAUUAAAACUUCUCAUAUUUUUUAAUGUCAUUCGUAAAAGUUGUUGUAACAAAUUGU